AUGGAGAAACGCAUAACUACUGAGAUGAAUGAUGAUUUGCAGAGAGAGUACAGCAGAGAUGAGGUGGUAAUAGCUAUGCAACAAAUUGGACCCUUGAAAUCACCAGGCCCCGAUGGAUUUGGUGCCUCUUUCUAUCAAAACUACUGGGAGGUGGUGGGGGAUGAGGUGACAGAGGCAGUAUUAAGCUUUCUUAGGGGGAAGGGUAGCUCGAAUUGUUUAAACCAUACACAUGUGGUUUUGAUCCCUAAGAUAAAGGAACCAAAAGAUGUUGGGGAUUUUAGACCAAUUAGUCUUUGCAAUGUUUUUUAUAAAAUCAUUGCAAAGACUCUGGCCAAUAGACUUAAGAAAGUGCUAAACAAUGUGAUUUCUUUGAACCAAAGUGCUUUUAUACCGGGGAGGCUUAUUACUGAUAACAUAAUUGCAGCCUAUGAAAUUCUCCAUUCCAUGAAGAAGAAGAAGAAGAGAGGAAAUAAGGGGAGUAUGGCUUUAAAGCUUGACAUUUCAAAAGCAUACGAUAGAGUAGAGUGGGGAUUCCUAAGGGUAGUAAUGGUUAAGUUGGGUUUUGGUGAAAAAUGGGUGGGUCUCAUAAUGCAGUGUGUUCAAACAGUAUCCUAUGCCAUUGUAGUGAACGGAAAACCUGGAAAUUCUUUAAAACCAUCUCGGGGUCUAAGGCAGAAAACAGCUUUGUUUUUUAGCUCUAACAUUAAGGCAGACAUUAGGGAGAGGAUCAGAGUGGAUGUGGGGGCAGGGAUUCAGAAUAAUUGUGAAAAGUACUUGGGAUUACCUGUGAUGAAAAAUGAAAAUAGAAUCCAAUGGAAGAGUUGGGCAAAAAUGGGAACUGCUAAAACAGAAGAGGGUAUGGGUUUUAGAGAGCUUCAAAGUUUCAACACUGCACUUUUGGCAAAGCAAUGUUGGAGGAUCAUGACCAUGCCACAAUCUGUUGCUGCGAGGGAGGGAUUGGUUUGGAGGGUGGGAAAUGGUGAACAGGUGAAGAUAUGGGAGGAUAAGUGGAUCCCAAAACCCAUUCAAUUUAGCAUUCAAUCCCCUCAAAGGAACCUGUGUGCGGAGGCAAAAGUGGAAGAACUCUUGCUUAAUGGAGGGUGGAAUCAUAGGCUAGUUUAUGAUACUUUCUUAAAAGAGGAGGCUGACCUUAUUUGUGGUUUACCAGUUAGUAGCUCUAAUGCACCAGAUAAAAGGAUUUGGGCUUUUUCCAAGGAUGGCUUAUAUAGUGUUAAAAGUGGUUACCAUUUGGAGAGAACUAGGAAAGGCAGAGAUAAAGGGUGUUCUUCAGAGGCAAAAUGUGAAAAAAUAGUAUGGAAGAGUAUUUGGCAGCUGAAUACACCUGAAGUGGUAAAAGUGUUUAUGUGGAAAGCUGUUGUGAAUAGCCUACCUACCAAGUGGAAUCUGUUUAGAAGGAAAGUAGUGGAAAAUUCACUAUGUCUAGUGUGUGGAAGAGAGAAUGAAACAGUGGGACAUGUGCUGUGGAGUUGCAAUGCUACUGGUGAUUUGUGGGCUGAUAAUAAGAGCCCAGUGCAAAAUGGCAUCAGAUGGAUGGUGAUUUUAUAG